AUGCUUGAGCAUCUUCAAAAACAUCCUUAUGUUUCCCAAGUAAUUGAGGAUGGCAUGGCUGUUAUCUGUAUUUGUGGAAAGCAAAUUGUUUUUAAAUCAAAAUAUAAUAAAGCAUAUCUUGAUUCUCAUGUUAAUGAACCAGGAUGCAAUUGGUCUAGUGGAACACAUGCUAUAACAGAGUUUUUUUGCUCUAGCAAAAAAGACUAUAUAUUUCUAGAAAAUACUCCAGUUCGAUAUGCAUUGCUUAAUAAAGAUCAACAAGAACAAUUAAAUUAUGCUGAAAGAAUGCAAGCAAAAUAG